GCUUAACGUCAAUUUAUUUGCUUUCUCAUAUUCUCGCUAGCUACUGCUCUUGAUAUAAUUUUCUUUGUAGUACUGAGUAGGGUUCCAGUAACAAGGCGUCCUGCAAUCAAUAAUUCAGUGUUCUGCAAUCUAUUUUGGAUUUGAAAAGAAAUUUAGAUCAUGGACGAUGAUAUCACAGGGGCCCAAACCAUGGCGGAAAGUCUGAAAGCACAAGGAAUCAAAUACAUGUUUGGAGUGGUUGGAAUUCCUGUCAUAGAGGUUGCGAUUGCAGCACAGGCAGUCGGCAUUCAAUACAUUGGAAUGAGAAAUGAACAAGCUGCUGCAUAUGCUGCUGGUGCUAUUGGAUAUUUGACUGGACGGCCAGGUGUAUGUUUGGUUGUGUCAGGGCCUGGUCUGAUACACGCUUUAGGUGGAAUGGCAAACGCUCAAGAAAACUGCUGGCCCAUGAUUACUGUUGGAGGUUCAUCUGAUCAAGAUCAGGAACAGAUGGGGGCAUUUCAAGAAUUUGCCCAGGUAGAAGCAAGUCGGAUGUAUACCAAAUUUUCUGCUAGACCAUCUAGUCUUGAAGCAAUACCAUUGGUUGUUGAGAAAGCUGUUAGAACAUCUAUAUAUGGAAGACCUGGUGCUUGUUAUAUUGAUAUUCCUGGCAAUUUUGUAAAUGCUUCAGUUAGAAGGGGUGAUUGUAGACAGUUUCCAAUGUGCCCAAAUCCAUCAGGCUUGAAAGCUGAUUUGAAUGUUGUGAAGAAAGCAUGUCAGACAUUGAUGAUUGCUAAAAGACCAUUGGUUAUCAUAGGCAAGGGGGCAGCCUACUCCAGAUCUGAAAAAGAAGUGCUGGAAUUUGUGGAGAAGCAUUCGUUGCCAUUUUUGCCUACACCUAUGGGAAAGGGUGUGAUACGUGAUGACCAUCCAUUAUGUGUAUCUGCUGCGAGGUCUAGGGCUCUUCAGAUGGCAGACUGUAUAUUGUUGCUUGGUGCAAGAUUGAACUGGCAACUUCAUUUUGGAAGGCCUCCGCGAUUUAAUGAAAAUGUAAAAGUGAUUCAGAUUGAUAUCUGUGCUGAAGAAUUGGGGAAUAAUGUUCCAAGCAGUAUUGGCAUCCAUGGCAAUAUAUCAGAUGUGGUUAAACAGAUGCAGCAACACUUUGUUGGAAUUCACAGAGGUAUCAUGUGGAAACAUCCAACUGAUUCUAAGUGGUGGGAAGCUUUGAACGAGAAAAUUGAGAAAAAUGAUGAGCAAGUUAAGGCGAUGUGUGCGGAUCAUUCCGUACCGCUCAGCUACUAUGCAGUUUAUGAUAUAUUGAACAAGUACUUGCCUAAAGAUAGCAUCAUUAUUGGGGAAGGAGCAAACACUAUGGACAUUGGAAGAACUAUGAUGAAAAACUAUUACCCAAGACAUAGGCUUGAUGCUGGUACUUUCGGAACAAUGGGAGUAGGGGUUGGCUUUGCAAUUGCAGCUGCUUUAUAUGCUCAAGAUUCUGCACAACCAGGACAAAAACCUCAAAAAGUGGUAUGUGUACAAGGUGACAGUGCUUUUGGAUUUUCUGGAAUGGAAUUAGAGACUGUAGUACGAUACAAACUUCCCAUUAUUUUUGUGGUUGUCAACAACAACGGUAUUUACAGUGGUGGACCUAAAAUGUUCUGGGAUGGACUAAAAACAACAGAAGAUGUUGCAACUGGGUCACUUCCGAUGUUCUUGACUCCAAAUGCUCGUUAUGAGCAGAUAAUGACUGCUUUCGGAGGAAUUGGCUACUAUGCAGAAACACCUGAUAACUUUGAUCAAGCCCUUAACAAUGCUUUCAACAAACAUGCUGCUAAUGGGGAGCCCUGUCUAACCAAUGUUAUGAUCGAUUUGACUUCUGAGCGAAAGCAGCAAGAAUUUCAAUGGCUUACAAGAAGUAAAAUGUGAACCUAACGGCUGUCAACCAAGUCAUGAAUAAUUCCAAUUUAAUUUUUUGUUUUAAUAUACAGAAGUGUUUAUCAUCUCUUCUAUGCAAUUGAUAUUAAUUUUAAAUCUGCGUUUCCUAUUAAAUCCGUAUUUAUUAUCAUUGCAAGUGAUAUUAUCUUUGUAA